UCGGUUUGCUCCGCACUGAUUUUGUUUAUUACAAAUUAGAUGUCCACGAGUGUCUGCGGCGUCUUCAAACCUCCGGCAGGAUGGAGGUGUGUAUGAUGAAACCAGAAGUCAAGAAGAAACCAAAGUCGCCCAAACCUCCUCCGAAGCCCACAGAGAUAAAAAGAAAUGAACCACAGAGACCUGAGAAACCCCCUCCUGCUGUUCCUCAGAGACCGACAGAUUCUGAACUGAGUCACACACAAUACAGACUGAAAAAAGUCACAGCAGCAUACAAUGGGAACGAUGGAAAUGUGAAGCAACAACAGACAAAAGAUAAACCACCCGAGACGCCCGUGGUCCCACCCAGACCCACAGAGAAGGAACUGAACGCCCCAACCAGAUACAGCCAACGCAGGCCGAGCGCACAGACCAAGGUCACAGAGAGUGCCAAAGAAACUGAGCAACUUGAAGCUGCUGCGGUUCCCAAAGAUGAUGCAGACUUCAAACAGGGUUACAUGACGAAUGGAGAGGAAAAGACUGAUGACGUCCCAGUCAAACAGGCUCCCGACAGCAAACCGGGCGUUCUGAAAGCAGUAAUGAAAGGGUUGCAAUUCAAGUCAUCGCCAAAGGCCAGCAGAAAGCAGAGUCCAGAUUCUAGCACAGAAGAAGUGGCCUCAGAAAACCAACAAUCUGUAGAGAAAAUCAAGCAAGAAAAAACCGCAGAACCCAAACAGGUCAGUAAAGCCGUCAGUGAUGCUGAAGAAGGAGAAGAAGAGGCGAAAACAUCAGAAACGUCCCAUGAGAAUCUGAGUUCUCACAGUGACCUUUCUGCCAGCAGCGACAGCCUGUCUGAAAACAAGGAAAAAAACCAAUGGUACAGUGGGAUGUUAAAGAAGAGGUGGAAACCAACAGAAAGUCUUCAAACUGAUCAGGACAAUAAAGCAGACAGUAAUUCUGAAGACCUAGAAGAAGAGGAGAAAACAUCAGAGAUGUCUCAUGAAAAGGGAAGCUACUUGUUUGGUUUCCUUAAAAAGCCAAAAAAACCAGCCGCUGAGACGCCAACGCAGGAGAAUCUGAGUGCCCACAGUGAGCUUUCUGCCAGCAGCGACAGCCUGUCUAAAAACAAGGACCAGCAGUCCCUGCAUGGUGACUUACCCAACUCCAAUGAUGAUCUGACUGUAGCCCAGUCAAAGCAGAAAAAAGGAGGCCUGGCUAAAAUUUUAAAAAGAUCCGGCAGCAUUGACAACCUGUUGGAUAAGGGGGAAAAACAUUUCAGUGAGAUGUUCAAGAGAGCUCCAAAACCAGCAGAUGAGGAAACAAACGCAGAUGAAGAACAGAAAUUAUCAACCAGCGAUGAAAACCUGUCAGAAGCAAACACAGCAACGGAAAAAACAGGAGGAUUGGCAGGAUUCUUCAAAAAGUCUCCCAAACCAGCUCCACGCUCUGUCGCUACUCAGGAUCCCCUCUCGAGGCAGCUGUCAGCCAGCUGUGACAGCCUCACAGAUGCAGGAAAGGAGGCGGCUUUGGCAAACAGUCAGCUGUCUGCCAGUAAUGACAAUCUUUUAGAAGCUUCAAGCACCCCAAAGGAGAAAAAAGUCGUCUUCUCCGGGAUCACUGGGAUGUUCAGAAGGACGCCCAAAACUGAGGAGCAACAGGAAGAUGAGGACAUGGAGGCUCCAGCAGGAGGCGGGCUGAGACGCAAGAGGACCAUCAAAAAGAAAAGACGAGUUGUGUCAUUCCGAGUUAAGAAAACUCUUCCUAACAUUCCCAAACUUGGCCUGGCUUCUCAGACUUCAGAUGAAAUUCCUUGCAUUGAGGAAACUCUUGAGUUGCAGGAGAUGAGCCCAGCACAGGAGAGCACAGUGGAGGUUCAGCCGGUGGAGAUGGCUGCUUAUCCGACUGAGGAAAACCCAGUCGAAACUGAGCCGGAAGAGGAUGAGCUUUUGGAGUGGUGGAACACAGUCAAAGGUUGGAAGGAGUGGAAUGAGACUUCUGAUUUCCGGGCAGAGGAUGAGGAAAUGGCGAUGGAGCAGGCAGCCGACCGCGUCUACAUGGCAGCCCGUCUUUUCGUGCGUCUUUUCAACCAGCGCGGGGCGUCCUUACAGCAUCGCAUCCUGGAGCUUUUGGCUAUGGCGGACGCUGCGGAUGAGUUCCAUAAGAAGACUGUGUCGGCCGCUGUGGGCGGAGGCGUGGCCAGCGUCGCGGGUAGCGUCACCACAAUCACAGGCCUCAUUCUGGCGCCUUUCACUUUUGGCGCCUCUAUUAUUGUGACAGCAGUGGGGAUCGGUGUGGCGACGGCAGGCAGCAUCACGUCAGCGACGGCUAAAAUCACAGAUACGGUCCACUCCAACAUGGACCGUAAGAAGAUGGAGAAAAUGAUCCAGGGCUACCAGGAGGAGAUCAAAGUCCUCAGAGAGUGCAUGGAGUUUGUGCAGAAAGGUCUUGACACCCUGCAGGAGUGGGAUUUUGAGAAAUACGCUCAAAGUGCUGCCAAAAAAGCUAUGAACCACAACAUUAAACACGUGAUGAAAGAGGGAGGCCGCGCGGGAAAAGCCCUGAUGAUCAACACCAACCAGCUCGUCAGCACCGUGCAGGUUUUAGGUAGGGCAGGCGGCAUAGCCAAGGCCGCUCAGGCCAUCAGCGUCACCACAGGCGUCAUGUCGGCACUCUUUUUGGCUUUGGAUGUUUUCUUCCUCGCUAAAGACUCUCAUGAGCUUCGCAAGGGUGCCAAAACCAAAUUUGCCACCAAGAUCAGAGAGGUAUGUAAAGACCUUCAAGAUGGCCUCCUGGAGCUCAACAGGGUGAAGACGCAGCUGCAGAAGACGAUGGACGGCAUUGAGGUGGAGGAGUUUGAGGAGGUUGAGGAGGUGGAAGUAGAGGUUGAGGACGACUUGGUGUCUGAUCCAAAGAAGCUGGCUGAGCUGGAGCAGGAGCUGGACCUCCUGGAGGAGAAAGUGGACAAGAAGGUUGUAGAGGUUGAGAAGAAGGGUAAAGAAAUGGAGAAGGAAAAUUCAAAAAUUAAAAAGGUGAAGAAAGAGGAGAAGAGCAUA